CUUUAUCACGGCUCAGCAUCGGUCGGAGUAGAAACAGAAUACAAACUGACGCCAAAUACAGACGCGAAGCGAAGAUUUAAAAGAAAUAGUUCAGAGCAAUUUGGCAGUAUUGUUGUGUGUUGUUAGCUGUCGGUCUUUUUUCUUCUCUCUCUCUCUUUUUAAAAAAAAAUCUUUCUCUCUUCCACCGACACACACACCUCCCACCUGCUCUCUCUCUCUUUCUCUCUCUCGCUUUCCUCACACUUUUCCCAAGAUGGCGGCAGCCUCAUCCAUCCAGCCGCCGAGCGUUCACUCUUCUCUAGCCCGGGAUAGCGCACUUUCCCCGGAGAUGGACAGCCCCGAGAGCCGGCAGCACGAGGACGAGGAGGCGGCGGCAGCGCAACCCCCGGACUCCGGGAUUAGCCUCCGUGACCUGCCGGACCUGGAGCCCGAGGAAAUCGAGAGGAGGCUGGCCAAAACUCGCAAGGAGCUGAGCAACAGGAGGAAAAUCCUCAUUAAGAACCUGCCGCCUGACACCACCAACCAGGAAGUCCAUGAAAUUCUGAAAGAAUAUGAACUGAAGUACUGCUUUGUGGACCGCAACAAAGGCACAGCUUUUGUGACUUUGCUGAACGGGGACCAGGCUCAGGAUGCCAUCCGCUCCCUCCACCACAGCACUGUCCGUGGGCGUUUGAUCAACGUCACCCUGCAGCCCACCGACUCCCUGCUGUGCCUCACCAACCUGCCCCACACCUUCACCGCCCAGCAGUUUGAGGAGCUGGUGCGCUCCUAUGGGAACAUCGAGCGCUCCUUCCUGGUGUACAGUGAGCUCACGGGCCACUCCAAAGGAUACGGGUUUGUUGAAUACAUGAAGAAGGAUUCUGCUUCACGGGCCCGCUCGGAGCUCCUGGGCCGCCCAAUGGGGGAUCGCUCGCUAAUGGUGCAGUGGAUGGACGUCAACCAACUGAGCCAGGAGGAAAACCUACACUCCAAGUGUCUGUGCGUGGACAGACUGCCCCUGGACCUCUGUGACUCUGAGGAGCUAACCCAGCUCUUUUCCGACACGUAUAAACCCGUCUUCUGCCAGCUUGCUCAGGAUGAGGGAAGUCCAGUGCGAGGGUUUGGCGUGGUGGAAUAUGAGAGCGCCGAGCAGGCAGAAGCUGUGCUGAUAGAGAUGGACCGAACCCUGGUGGGAGGACAGGAGGUCCGUCUGUCACUCUGUACCCCCGGCACCUCAGGGAGAAGCACCUUGGCUGCACUCAUUGCAGCCCAGGGUAUGAUUCUGAGUAACAGGAAAGGUUUGCUACCAGAACCAAACUUGGCUCAGCUGCUGACCAGUAUGACGAACCCCGCUGCUCUGCAGAUACUCAUGAGACCGUACCACACUGGGAAAAGAGGAGGAAAAUACGGGCGUCACACCAGCCUGCCGUUCCUCAGACCUCCACUCACUACAGCCCUGCUCACACUGGGAAAAGCACACCAGAAUGCUAUGUUUGGAAAUGGACUAGUCCUCCAGAACCUUUUGCACAUGCAGCUGGCACAGCAACAGCUUCUACACAUCAAAGACAAACGCAUCAGCAGUGUCUCCAGUCUGCUCGGGGACCCGUCCAGACUGCUCAUGCAGAAAGCCUUGUCUCUGCGACCUCCAGGCCUCGUGCAGCUGGGGAAAGGCCUCCUGGGAGACUCUCCUACAGAGUUGGGACAGGAGUCAGUUCCAGCAUCUACCCACAAUGCCACAGUAGUGGUUUCAGCAGCAGGUGUCAUGCCGUACCUCCAGGGUCGGGCUGUAGGAGGAGACCUACCUAGCCACAGCACCCAUUCUGUGACUACGACCCCUUCUGCUUCCUCCUCUUCUUCCUCCUCUUCUUCCUCUUCCACCUCCUGUGACAACAGGCAGCCAGCUCCUCCAGGGACGAUGGUGAGCGCCCAACAGCAGGGACAGAGCUAUUCCUUGGGUAUAAGUAGCUCAAGCCUUGGCCCGCCUCCGCCUAAACCCCCUGGAGGAGUUUACACGACAACAGGCCAGCACAGCGGCUCAGACGGCUGCCCCCUGGUAAACAGUGGGCAGAGUUCUUUGUUGGGCGAUCCUCCUAAAGAAGUCAGGCUGCCUUCUAAUCCUUACCUAAACCUGGCAAGUGUAAUGCCAGGAGUAGUUCUGCAAGGCUCAGUGGGAAGCAAAGCCCAAGGAGGACAGCCCAGCUCGGCAGUUUACAACAGCUCAGUCGCUCCUGUGGUCUCCCAGGGCUCCGGCUCCUACUCCCACAGUGCAGCAGCUACGACCGCUGCCCCAUACAGCACAGAUUCCUCCACUGACUACAGCCAGUACAACCAAGCAUACACACAGGAGGCCAUGCAGCAGUGGUACCAGCACUAUCAGGCGGCACAAGCCCACAGCUACAGCACUGCCGCGCCACAGGACAGCACGGCCGCAGACUACAGCAAGGAGCACACUCAGACUCCAACUGUGUCCACCUAUGGAGAUUACAGUUCCUACAUGCAGGCAGUCACUCAAUACUACUCCCAGCCUGCAACAGCCAAUCAGGGCUACGCCAGCAAGGAGGUGGAGGUGUGUAAGCCUCUGGGAGUGUCCCUGCACGCGGUCAGUAAUGGCGCGGCUCCUCCCCCGGCCGUCCUACCUGCCGCCGCCGUGCUCCCAGCUUACAGCACGCUGCCCUUAAUGCCCGGCUUCCUCGGGGCGCCGCACCCAUCGGCGGCCGCACCGAACCCUGUCACACACGCACACACCGCUGCUGCGGACUGGAACACCUAUUACUAUAACCAGACGAGGGGCCAUAAGAGGGAGUAUCCUCAGCUGGCAGUCCAGGAAGUGACGGCAUCAGAUGGGGCCUACAUCGGGCAGCACUCACAAGGCCUGGGAGGGCAGUACGCUGACUACUUUAAGAGGAAGAGGCUCUAGUUUGAACCGAACCACCUUGAAGCCUAAAAGCUUAGGGGAGGGAGGCGCAAACAGCUGGAUGUCACAGCUCCCUCUAGUGGCCUUUCUGUGGCUGCCAUUUUGCAAUCCUACAAAAGUCAGUGUUGAGUUUGGAAGAUUUAGGUUUGCAGAUGGCUCGAGUGAAAUGAAGCCAUAGUGCUCUUUGAUCUUGGCACGUAUGUACACACACACGCACGCACACACACACACACACAUAUAUAUACACACAGUGUUAUUUUUGUCCUGUUCAAGCCUUAACUCUUUAACUUAAGCUGUUGUUUCACAGUCAGUGUGUUAACUGUACUUAACUACUAUUAUCUUGUACAAUUUUUCUAAUAUAUCAUGUAAAUUGAAGUAUAUUGCAUCUGUACGUACAAGCUGCUUUUGUAUUUGCAAGCAGGGCGGCCCGCCGUCUGCCUCUGAAACUGUCUUAGGACUGGCCAUGCAGCCAGCUAUCUCUCCCCCCCCCCUCCCCAUCCCAGUCUCCCUUUUUUUUUUCAAAAGACUGAACGUGUCUGAUGUCGCACACUCGCCCUUUGAUUUGUCAGCCAGUCUGACAUCUGUUUGUUCUCGCUUCCCUCUUUUUUCUCUUUUCUUUUUAUUAGACCAGGUUUCUCUUUAAACCCCCCCUCCCCCCGCUGAGAAUUAGAGUACGUGUGUGUGCGUAUUUAUGCACGUGUGUGUGUGCCGCUUUGCUGUAUCUGUAGGAAAUGUCAGCCAUUUCAAUCCCAAGGUUUGGGAGCACAUCAGGAAAAAAAGGGCCUAAACCAAUCAAAGCCCUUAAUUUAAUUACUAAAGCUUCCCUCAAUGAAUGGACUUUUCUUACAAUGACUGGAUGGAUAAUAAAAGGCUGGUGUAAAUACUGCAGUGUAAUACAGAAUAUAUAAAGCCAUGUGUAACAGACAAUAUCACAUACAAUGGAUGUUUCUGAGCUCCUCUGCGAGCCUGUUGUACAACAUGAAUGAAGGUAAAACCUUUAGUGUCUGAUUUGUUUUGUUUAUACCUAUACUGUUAUAUAUUUGUAAUAUAAUAAUAUUCCGAGGCAAUUCAAAUAAUUUAGUAAUCAAAGCAGGUUUCGAGUGUGUUUGCUUUUGCGAAUAAAGUUUUACUCAAAUCGCUAUAAAAAACGUGCUGUUGCUUCUCUCGUGAGGAGCAAAACUUAGCUGGAUGAAAUGAUCAACUGAUGGCUGGCGGUGGUGAAACAGCUUCAGGGCCACCUUAAAAAAACAAUAUAAGCGGUUUGUUUUUAGCCAAAAACAAAAGCAUUUAGUCAUUACUGAGAGAUUUAACUGGCAGUGACAUUUGAAAGUCAUUUUGGAUACAUUUGCAUGGUGUGCAUAUUGCAUAAGUCGCUGUUAUAAUAAAACAGUAAGAUAGUAUGCUGUAUAAGAUGGUCUGUACAAUUUUCAGCGCUUUUUUAUUUUUCUUUUUUUGCACACAAGAUGCUACUAACAUGCUGCUUUGCAUGUGAGUUUCUGCACUUUAAUUUCAUGCUUGUAGGGAGGGUCUUUUUUAUGUGUGUGUUUGGGGGUAAAUUAUCAAAGUGGACCUAUUCUGCUCAUUACCACCAUUGACAAUCUUGGACUCUGCUAGAGUAGCUUUGCAUGAUUUACAGGCUUACACUGGGCUUCAUCCCCUUACUGAAAAAGACCACGCCCCCUCUUUAGGUCGACUUUAUUCUGAUUGGUCCUCAAAAACAAAAUACCUCAUUAUUUGAAAAUGUGUUCUUAUGAAGAAAACCAUAAUAGGUCCACUUUUAUGUGCAUUUUUCUGCCGGUGAGAUAUUUGUGGCACAGACAGUAUCCAGGCAAUGUGUGCAAUGUUCAUUACAGAGGAGAGGGCUUACGUUUUUUUCUUCAUAAUGGUUUGGAUUUUAGGUUUGUGCAUGCGGUCCUCUGUGUCUAACAAACUGGCAAUAACUAAGGUUCCUGCUUCUCCUGCUGGAAGGUUGAAUGUAGAACUUGUGCAGAAGUUUGCAGUGUCAACAAUUUUGCCGUUCACGCAGCGCCAAGUGAAACUUUCCUCCUCCUUCCUGUCUGUCUUCACGUUCUGCUCAAAAUCAAUUUUUUUUAAUAUCCCGUGCAGAAAAAUACAUAUGUUGUUAUGGCAACCACACUGAAAAACACAUGCUCCCAACUGGUGUGAACACCAGUGACUGGUGAUAUCAGAUAAUGUUCACACGCUCGUUUAGUCCAGAUAAUCUGGUGCGAGUUUGCUGCCGCCGGUGUGACGGGUGUGCUGAAUGUCAGGAUUGUUCUUAAAAUGGAAAAAAAAACAGUAAAUUGUGGGCAAUAAACAGACAUGCUCACCUUCCUGUUUUCCGUUCCGUCUUUUUCUGCUGGUUUGCAAUAAAUUGGACUCUCACAUGCUCCGUGAUGUCGCAGGUCUUCAGAUUACAGUGAAGCCAGUGAAAACUGUCGCACAACUUCCCCAUCUCACAGCUCCACCCCAUUUUAUCGGAACGCCUCUUGUCUUAUCUUUAUUAUUUUAUUAGCCAUUUAAAGGCUAUGAAACUUUAAGAUGGGCUGAAACAUUCCCCUAAAUCUCUCUUUGAAGUUCAUUUUGAGAACAUGGGUACAACCCUGAAUACAGCAGCAGCUUUAUAUCCCUGCACAAACUGAAAAGUCACCAGGCAGAAAUCUUGUAACUAAAGCUGAGACUCAAAACACAUGCACAUCCAAAUGAUUAAAGUGCACUUAUUCUGCUCAUACCUCCACAUUGUUGAUCUUGUUGGACUCUAGAGUAGCUUUGCAUGAUUCACAGCUUACACUGGGCUUCAGCCACAGACUUAAAAACACCACCCUGAUUGGCCGGUUCUGGGAAACAAAAGGUGCAUACCUGGAGAGCUGCGUGGCACAGAGGUGGAGGAGUAUAGUAAUUAAAAUCAUGUGAGCAUUGUCACAGCAUAUGUCUGUCCCAGUACCUUCCCGUUACAUACCUGUAAAUUUAAAAGCACAGCAGCAAUAUGAAUUUGCACAUUAGAUAAGUUCAAUAUCUGCUGAGCUGUUCUCUUAGAUGGCUCCUUUGUUAGAAAUUAAGGAGAGUGAACCUCGUUUGGCCCAUGAAGUCUGUGUCAACAGUCAAUCAACUUCCACGUGACCCUCUCAAGCACUUCUUUUAAUAGAUUACUUUCCCCCCUGCUGUACUGUGCUUUGCUCGAGUCUCCUGUGAAUCAGCUCAAACUGCUUCAGUAGAUUUUAUGGCGAUGUGGUCGUCUGGACUAGUUGGCUGUGCGGCCUGUCUCGGGGCCACAGUUUGAUUUGCUUCCCAGCACCGAGUGCUUUAAAAUAAAAAUAAAAGCUGGACUCCAGCUCUGCUCUUCUUCUUUUUCUGUCAGGUGACAGCUCUCACCUCCACCUCUUUUAAGUUAGAAGCGCCCGUCUGUGUCAGCCUCUGUGUGUGUGUUAUGAGCAGGGCCUCUGUUUGUGUAGAUGAACAGCUGAGGCAGCAGACUUUAAAAUGCACUGUUUGCUUUUCUGCUUUCCUGCCUGCCUGCCUGCCUAUCUGUCUGUCUGUCUUCCUAACUGUCCAGUCUGGAUCCUCUUACUAAAGUCAGUGACGCCUGAAUUAUUUUAGUGGUUUUUCAUCAGUUGUUUUUUGUCUGCGUAGUGUUGUUACUAUGUACAAUAUUGCAGAACGUUUGAAAACUGUGGACUAAAUCCUUUCGAUUUCAUCAAGCUUGGAUCUUUUAGACCUUGUUUUCUAUCACAGAAGUACCUUUGCUCUUUUUAAAACAUUUUUAUUCAUUUAUAAAACUUCCCAGAAAAUGUAUUCAAAGUCAGGAAAGAAUUGUCUGAAUAGUUUGGAACUCAGCCCCCAGUGAGCUAAGUAAAGAAAUGAGAUUCAGUGUAGUGCCAUUGUUUGAAUGUACUGGUUUAUUAAGACUUGGCAGUAAUUCUAUUCUUCUUCUCAUAUUUCAGCGUUAGCGAUGUUAGCUGGUGUAACAUUAAACAGGUGGCAUUGUUGAGCUAACGCGCCCCGCUGUCCUUCUCUGCCCAGUUCACACAGACCUUGUCCUUCCACUAUUCAAGCUGUUAUUCGUCAGCCACUUGGGAUAAACAGAGCAAACGUGUUCUGCAAGAAGUUUUUUUCAGUUAUUGAUUACAUUUGCAUCUAAGAGAAGUGUGCAGAGGCCCCUAUAGACUAAGCACAUAAGAGAGGGAAAGCACAACAAUGAAAUUAAACAUGCAAAAACCCAAAGGUUAAAAGAGAAAUUGUUACAGUCCCAGGAUCUUUUAAGGGCACUAAUAAGCAGCAGUGCUACAAGGCCCAUCAGGCUCAUAAACUGUAAAUAAAAGAUGGGCCUGUGAAAAGUCAACCUGCAUUUUUUAAAAUCUUCAUGGCCAGUAGGGGGCGACUCGUCUGGUCUAAGAAAACGAUCCUACUUUUUGCUCUCGAGGUCUCACUGUCUUGUUUCAGGUCGUCUUCAACGUGUGUAUUUUAGUAAAAUGUGAUUCUCUUGUAGUGAAAUGAAAAAGCAGGAUAUGAUUUCAGUACUGACUUUGUAACUGACUUGCUGCCGUGUGGUCAUGCAGUGCACUCACGUUUCAAACCAUUGUGGCUUCACUAAACUGUGAAAAUUAUCCCACAAAACAGCAUCCAUUUUUGUUUGCUUAAUAUACAGUGUACAGUUGUUCCUCUUCCCUGUCUUCACUUGUCUGCGCAGGUCAAAGAGUCCAUCCUGUGUGCUGGUGUCUGUUUUUGUAGCGCUUCACCUGUUUGUUUUGGGAUGUCUAGAUUUAGGCUUUUUCUCUUUUUCCUCUCUGUCUGCUUUGUCCUUUGGGGCUGCUAGAGAAACAGCUACACCAUCCUCACUUCAAGCCCAGUGUUAUUUUUUAAGCUCUUCCUUCACUUCUGCUUUGAUCAUGAACAUUGCGCGUCUACCAAUAGCAAAUAUGCAUCGUUAAACUGUGUUUGCCACAGCUUCCAAACUUCCAUUUGUCACCCCUUCAGUAAAUACCUCCUUUGUUUCGAAGCUCUCUUAACGUUACUGAAUUUGCACAUUAUGAGUUGAGCCAGGGGGGUGACUUUAGCUGGUGCUGUGUACGCGCUUAUGGGACUGAAGCUCUCUGAAAAUGGGCUUCUGACAGCUAAUGGGAGUAAGGAGAGACGGGCUGAAAGAAAGAGAGCGAUGGAUAAACAACUCCAGCUGCCUUCAGCUACUCAGCCUGCAGGAAUAUCUUUUUCUUUUUUUAAAAUUCUGUCUGCUUGCUCAGUGAAGUGUUUCUGUCUGCCAGACUCCUGCAUGUUGCAUGUACCUGUAGAGCUGUCACACACACACACAUACUCAUACUCCAGCACACUGGAAAAUGUCUCCUCUCAUUUGGUAGAAUAUGAGUAUUAGAUGGACUCUGAAACACCAUUUUCCCACUUCGCUCUGGCGCAGUUCUUCUGUUUAGAGCAGAAUCUCAAUGAAGACAUAAGACAUUCAUAUAAUUAGGCGUGUUAGAGUGAAUCAUCCAGCCUCCUCAACAAACUCAGAAAAACAUUCAUGUGCUCCGAGAAAGGUUCUACAGCAGCUUUAACUGUGGACCCAGAGACGUGGCUUGGACAUGACUGAUUACUCAGAACAUUUUCAAAUGCAGCUUUAUGCAGGACAAUCCAACUAAAUUAGUACCAGGUACAUUUUAAAGGAUAAGACUGUGUGUUUCUAUUAUUGUCAUCCAUUCCAUUGCAAUCCCAUUAGCUUCAAAGAAUGAUUUUAAAAGAUCCUUGCAAUCCUGGACCUGGUUGUAGUGACGGUUUUAUUUGAGAAGGCAUGUGUUGGGACUGUUUGGCCUAUAUUAUCACGCCAACUGGCGAAAGCAGAACUGAAUGUGCUGUCGGAUAAAAACGAGGGCUUACAGUAGCUGGGAAGUGUGUUUAUCCCAUCUGGGUUUUACACGGAGAUUGGUUGGUUGGCCCUUAUAAGUUUUAAAAUGAUUUCUACAUUGACAAGAGGCACCUGAACGCACCUUUAGUUCGUGAGAGGGCGGGGGGAACGGGUCACCAGCCUUCAGCCUUCAAACAGAAAGUAGAAACUGUGACAUGUCUGACUGGCAGUUUAACACAGCUGAAAAUGAUACACUGCAGUUAAUGCAUAGCGUCUGUAAAUACAUACACCAGGGGGUGCUGUGGUGCUGGCUCAGUUCAAUUCACUUUUAUUCAUAUAAAUAGUGCUUUAUAUUAAGGUAAAGACCCUACAACAAUCACAUGACCCCAUAUGAGCAAGAGUGGGAAGGAAAAACUCCCCUUUAACAGGAAGACUAUGAGGAAAACAGGACAAAAGGCACAUUGCUGAUAGUUAAUCAUUUGUGCUGUCCAGUAGGAUUUUGGGAGAGAAUUACAGGUUUUUGGUUUCACUGUGCCUAAACCAAACCUUUGCAUUCUGGAGAGUUUUUAAUUUGUGCAUUUAAACGCUUGGUGCAGUGUAAUAACUCAACAUUUUUGACUUUGUCAUUUGCCUCCCAUCACAAGCUACAGGUCAAGAUUCACUGGUGUCACUUCUCUUUUCUCUAUGUUGUUAAAAAAAAAAAAAAGAACCUGUGUUGCAAUAUUAUAAUCUUCCUCCCAAUAUUCACAGUACAAAUACCAAUUUUUAUGGCUUUCACUAAUGUUGAGUUCCAGUUCCUUUGUUUUUGUUAUCGGGUAUUGUUAUAUGGGUUAGAUUGGUAAGAUAAAGGGCAGUUUCUUUAUUUUCUGUGCCUCUCUGUACCACCAGCUACAUGUGACGGCCUCCUGACGAUUGUACACACGAACUGAAGGAUGCUCUCCAGUCUUGUGUUGCGUGGUUGAUUUUUAGACUUUAGAGCUCUGGAUAAACUAUGUGCAAAUGCAACUUUAACAGAAAAAACAAAUGAGUUGUUAAUAGACUGGAGCUAUAUAAAUGACAUGAAAAAACAGUCGGGCUGAUUGUCUGAGAGCUCCGUUUCCAUUAGAAGAGAAAAUGUUGUGUCUUGUGCAGUUUAGUUGAAUUGUGAUUUAUUUGUUUGUAGAAUUUGCACAAACACAGCCAAAUCCACAAUUUUCUUUCUUCUUUCUGUUCUUGUGUAAACUGAGCUCCCUCUCAGCAUCAGUGCAAUGCCACUGUACUCAAUAUGUAUCCUGCGUAUUACACAAGACCAGCGUUGAUGCUGGACUUUGCAAUAGUGAAUGACUGCGUGCGUGUGUUGAUCACAAAGCUUUGCAAUACUCAAGUAUUUCUGAGGGUUUUUUUCUAACACAUUUUAAUGGCUGUAGAUGAAUCUAGGAUUUGCUGUUGCUUAUUGCUUUGUAAACAGCUUCUGCUUUUUAAGUAUGUGGAGUUUAUUUUGUGUUUUUUUUUUUCUGACCUGAAAUAUACAGUAGAUUUUGCAAAAGU